AUGUCGUUCAUUAUUCUGGGAUUCCUUGUGUUAGGGAUACCGAUAUCAGCUAUUUUGUCAUACAAAAUAGUGGCUUACCAAGUGCAAGAGGGUCUAGAGUUUGCUGCAAAAUACCUGCUCGAUCAUAUUUUCUCUGAUGUGCAAGCAGUUUCUCAUUCAUUACUUCCAAAUGCAGCGGCGUUGAACUUAGCAAGGAUGUUGGGUUCAUCCUUUAAAGAAACAACCCCGCCAGCGUUCUCCAAGAUUAGUACCAUGGUGGCUCCCAAACUGCUGCUGGCAUUCAUGGUCCAUAAUGUAUCGCAGAUUUCUUAUUUGCAAUCGAACGGUUUAUUCUUCUCUUAUUACAUGGAUGGAAAUGAAACUGUAUCGUUAUAUUCAAAUGCAACAUGUGUUGAUGACAAAGAAAGGGCCACCAGGACUUCUUCAUACAACUUGUAUAAGCAACCAAUAGAUAAAAACACAGGUGAACCAUAUGGAGAAGUAUCCGUAAUUCCAAACUCGGACAUAUGUUUUAGGAAUUCAGUUUGGUUUAGGAAAGCAAUGGAAAGUAAGAAUGGGUGUGCAUUUGUAGGGAAUGUAUUGGGAAGUAACAAUUCAUCGUCAACACAUUCUUCGUUUCAUUCUAUGGCUGCUAUUAAUGGGGAAGGAGUAGUAUCUCUUGGUGUAUCUGUCAAAACUUUCGUAGAUGCCAUCAAGAGAGUAAAUACUCUUAAUGGUACUUUAUUUUUAGGUACAAAUGAAGGUAAAAUCCUCACACAUAACAACAAUCUUAGCGCUAGUAUUGUGAUCAAUGAUGCAAGUGUUUCGAUCGAAGUAACGAAAGAUGGGGAUAAUAUGGGAAAUGAUCAUCGCAAUGGAAUUGCUAUAGUUUCAUGUGAUCCUAGUCGUGACUUAUUGCGAGGCAACGAAAUAGAGAUUCGCAGGGAAAGGUACCAUAUUUAUUGCCAACCCCUUGAUAUAGCUGGCAUUAAAGUGGCAUCAAUCAUGAUUUUCCGUGACAAUGGAUUACUAACACAAGUUCGUAGAAAUGAUAGUGUAUCAUCUUUGUUAUUGGCGCUUGCGAUCAUAUCUGUGUUCUUUUCGACGGCUUUCUUUAUAGUGUUAAUAUCUCGAGGUACAAGAAGGGAGAUGUUUCUUUCAGCUACACUUAUGAAACAAAUGGAAGCAACACAACAAGCUGAAAGGAGGAGUAUGAACAAAAGUAUUGCUUUUGCAAGUGCCAACCAUGACAUUCGUGGUGCUCUUGCAACAAUUGUUGGCCUCAUUGAGUUUUGUCUUACCGAGGUUUCUCCCGGCUCCAACUUGGAUAACAAUUUGUCACAAAUGAAAAGCGCUUCAUUGGAUCUUCUCGAAUUACUGAAUUCAGUUCUUGAUGCAAGUAGAAUUGAAGCCGGCAAGAUGCAAUUGCACGAAGAAUUUUUCGAUUUAGCUAAAGUAAUAGAGGAAGCAGUUAAUUUCAUAUAUCCAAGGGGGUUGGAGAAAGGAAUAGAUGUCGUGCUGGACCAUUGUGAUGGUUCGGUUCUCAAAUCUCCGCUCGUCAAAGGUGAUCGUGGAAAACUCAAACAAAUACUCAGUAACUUGUUAAGUAAUGCAACGAAGUUUACAUCUGAAGGACAUGUUGUCUUACGUGCUUGGGCAAGAAAACCAAAUCCCAACGCCUCGAUGCUUUCACCAAAAUAUAAUGGUAUCUGGAAACGUGUAUCACGUUUACUUUGCAAUAACAUUGGACAAGAUUAUAACGACACACUCCGUACAUUUGAACAUAAUGAAAAUUGUUUGGAGUUAGUAGUUGAGGUGGACGACACGGGAAAAGGGAUACCAAAAGAGAAAAGAGAUUCUAUUUUUGAGAACUUUGUCCAGGUUAAGGAAACGGCGCUUGGACAAGGUGGUACUGGGUUAGGUCUUGGAAUUGUGCAAUCAUUAGUGCGUCUUAUGGGAGGAGAAAUAAGUAUUCUUGAUAAAGAAAUCAGCGAGAAAGGAACUUGUUUCAGCUUCAACAUUUUUCUUUCCCAAGACGAAAACACGAUGCAUACGACAAGGCUAUACCAAAUCCCCUGCAAGAUAGAAGGUUUAUCAUCAUCACAUGUUAUACUUGUUAUUCAAGACGAUGAAAGAAGAAACGUUACAAAGAACUUCAUGCGAACACUAGGUGUAAAAGUGUCAGCUAUUAACCAGUGGGAACAUGUUCUUCCUACUCUCCAACAAAUAAAACGCCGGUUUUAUGUUAGUAGUCGAAGCUCUUCUGGAAAAUCUGAGCAAUUAGGUUUAUACACCGAUCAUUUGAGUCGAUCAACAUCGCAUAGUCCUAUUACAACAAUGUAUGAUGAGAGUUUAAGUGGAAAUGAGCAGGCUGAAGCAUCACGUUCAUCAACCCCACGUAGAAGAACCAUUUUGGUGAGGAAUGCGGCAUUACCUUUCAUUAUGAUAAUAAUUGAUGAUCAUGUGGAACAGAUAUCUGAGGUAUGUUCAAUAGUUGAUAAUUUUCGUAAUAAUCUGCCUAGUGAUAUGGGAUUUCGGAUUGUUGGAUUACUCUCUCCCAUUAUUACCGAGAAAAAUAUGAGGCUUUCCAGGGCGAAACUAAUGAUUACGUGUGAUGACAUUUUUAUUAAACCAUUUCAUGGUUCUCGACUGGAUCAAGUUCUAAAGAAAUUACCAGAGUUUGGGGGUAAUAUUAGAGAAGAAAGUCAAUCAAAUUCCACGGAUAAACGAGCCACCGAACUUUCUUCUUCGACAAAAAAGAACUUUUCUCCCCGUGCAGAUCGAAUAAUACAACAAGGAGGUGUUAGUCCUAGCACCGAUGAUUUUAAUAUUUUGAAUGGAAAAAAAGUCUUAGUUGUUGAAGACCAAUUUGUCUUACGGAAAAUGGCAACGACAAUCCUUUCUCGUCUUGGUGCUAUCGUUGAAGUUUGUGAAAAUGGCGAAGAAGCCGUAAAACAAGUUAGUAAAGCUUUAAAAGAACCUGAUCAUAGACCAGAAGGAACUUCAAAAUUUCUUCCUUAUGACUACAUUUUCAUGGAUUGUCAGAUGCCUGUUAUGGAUGGAUAUGAAGCCACAAGGAGAAUACGGAUGGCGGAACGAUUUUAUGAUAUUCACAUCCCAAUUAUAGCCUUAACAGCAAAUGAGGCGGGUGAUGAAGCAGAUAUGAGAAAAGAAGCUGGAAUGGAUUUCCACAUAACCAAGCCAUUGAAAGUGGAUCCUUUAUUGGAUGCCAUUCGUUUUCUUGAUACUAUUAAUACAUGUAGCACAUUACUGUAG